UGUAAAAGGAAGUAAACUAUGACCAAUAACUAUUUCCAAGUUAGCGUUUUUCUUGUUGUUAUUUAGACGUUUAUUAACACCAUGGAAUUCAAAAUAUGACACAUUUAACUGCUCAGCAUCACAUACUUACCCCGUGUAGUCUUUAAUUUGCGUUGGAAACAGGACUUGGUUGAUAGAUAGUAUAUAGGUGACGCUAGCUAGCUGCUAACAAUGGCUGACUGUAUGGUUUUUCACAGUCAAAUAGCCUCCGUUAUGGAGAUGCUAGCGAAUGCAGCCGUGGCAGAGAUCUGUAAACUUGUAGACGACGACUAUGCAGUGUUUCGUUUGGAAAUAACUCAAAGCCAGAAAGAAAACAGGGCAUUGCGGAGGAAAUUACAGCUACAAGAACUGAAGGUGGCACGGGAGCGCGUCCUCGCCAGUCGUCCCAGUAGUGUCAAGCUUGUCAACCGAUACAGAGGAAUGGCAAGAGGUGAAGGAAAUCUCACUGGAGGCCACAGGAGCUUUGUGAAGCCAGUGGGACACAAUACAUGGAGAGACGACCAACCAAUCACUGUUGAUGAGGGGAAUGUAAUCUCAACCCAGCACGUUAUUGUGAUAGAGUCUGCAGAUACAGAGGCUGCAGGUCCUGGAGUCAAGCAGGAGAUGUCUGAAGGAGAGGAGGAUCCACGACACAGCACCAACAUCCAGACUGGAGCGCCCCAUAUAGUCACGAAGGACCCCAACACCACCCCAGUGCAGCCCAGGGACAUCAGUAGAACGCCGAAACCCAUCCUCAAGUCUGAGACAGAGACUUUAACGAGGCUGGGGAGACUGGGCCGUCCUACUCCCCGCUCAGAGUUUUUACUUUACGGUAACCCGAGCCAGAGGACAGUUCUGUCCCAUCGGGACUCAGGUGAUGCGUUACAGACUGGCAAUGAUCCGACCUGUUCAUACGCUACAGAGAUGAUACCUGGUGACGUGCCUGUGGGCUUAGAUACACCGACUAAUCCAAUAAGAGGGGACUGGAACCAGUACAGUAGUAGCGUAUACUCUGAAGGGUUCCUAGAUAAGAAAGGGGAGGGUCUGGUUGUAGAUGAGGUGACUGUGAAAGAGGAGGGAGACGCUCCUCUGACAUGGAAUGAAGACGAGACUCACUUAGGAGGACAGUCUCAGGGCAACACUAGUGACUUCUUAGACUACAGGGAAAGCUUAGAGCCAAAUCCAAAUAUCGCAGCCCACUCCCCUUUACACGCGCUCAGGGAUCGCGACUCAGUGUCCACGUCGAUGGCACCUUCCGAUUCACACGGCCGCAUCCUUUUCGAUCAGGUAUUGAACUCAAACGACAAGACUAGAGUCCAGGCUCGGGAAGUGGGAGCAACAUCUGGCGGUAGUAAAGAGAAACGGUUCUUCUGCAUGUUCUGUAACAAAGGUUUCAACUGCCCCCAGAAGGUGGAGAUCCACCAGAGGGUCCACAUAGGAGUGAAACCUUUCAGCUGUAGCCAGUGUCAAAUGCGCUUCUCCCAGGCUUGGAACCUGAAGAUCCACCAGAGGGUCCACACAGGGGAGAAACCUUACAGCUGUAGCCAGUGUCACAUGCGCUUUGCCCAGACUUGCAACCUGAAGAGGCACCAGAGGGUCCACACAGGGGAGAAACCCUACAGCUGCCCCCAGUGUGAGAAGAGGUUCUCCCAUCAGCACCAGCUGAAGAUGCACCUGAAGGUCCACACGGGAGAGAGGGCCCAGUAUUACCCCCAGACUAGCAGUAACGAGUCCUGACCUCAAUUUAAUUCCACGUGACUAACGAUAACUAGGCUAUUCCAAAACUGCGCUCUGUAAAUGAAUGGCGCUGAUGGGCGUUAGAAGCCUGCAAACUUGCUAACAGCAUCAAUUCGCUAAUAGCCUGAUACUCAACGCUCUAGUUAACACGAUAAAGUGUUGCAUUCUGAAAAUGCAGGUGUAUUGACCAUGGCAUUCAAUUUCAAGUUCCACAUUUUUGUUAUUUAAAUAGACUCACUGCUAAACUCAGCAAAAAAGAAACAUCCCUUUUUCAAGACCCUGUCUUUCAAAGAUAAUUCGUAAAA